CCUGGAACGCCCUCGGAGAGGAGCGAACGGCGGCGCGUAGCGCGCCCUCGUUUACAGCCUCCUGGAGCCGGGGCAGAGGACCGGGGCCGAAGGCCGAAGAUUACGGACCGAGCCGAGGGCUGCCCGCCGGCGCUUGUCAACUUGGAAAAUCGGAAAAUCGGAAAACGCCGUUUGAGGUUAUGCGGGAAAUAUAGAGGGCGCGAGCGCGCGCGCGACACGCAGCAGCGAUCGGUGUGUCGCUCGAGGGUAGCUUUUCGCGCGCUCUUCUCCCGCGCUUCGCACGGCAUACUCGUGGCGAAGGCGGCGUUCGCGAGCCUUAAGUCCGCGGCCUCGCCGAGGAGAGGAGCUUAACCGGGCCUCGAAGCCCAGGGUCGGCCCUUGGGGUGAGCGCCGGUCGACCGGGGGUCGAGGCGGGCCGCCCAAAAGCGAGCCAAACUUUCGCGGGCUUUGAGGAGAGGCGCGCGAGAAGUUGCCGCUGCAUUAUGGCGCUGGAAUAGCGCGAGAGGGCAACCGGACGAGCUCUCGUGUCCCGCACUUUUCGGCCUCGUUUUCCGCCCGCGAGCUAGCAGAGCACUCGAGGACCUGCCGCAGAUCGGCCUGGAAUCUACCGUCCACGGGGAGCUGCGUCGGAGUUGCCGACGACGUGGAAAUACGAGAGACGGAGGCACGGAAACGCGGAGGCCGCAAGAUGCCACAAACGAGUGUGCAAGAGAAGCAGUCGAAGCUCCAUCUUCAAAAUGGUAAGGGUAACAGACGUAAAAGAAGAGCAACAGAAAUCUCAGAAGAUUCAGAGAAUAUUUAUCCCCCUAACAAAGUGCCUUCAUUGUCAUCAAAUGGCACAUAUCCAGAAACAUGUAAUAUUUCUAAUCCACCAAGUGUAGCAUACACACCCCAGCCAACAACUUCACCCCUUAAGGAACAGCAAGAGCCAGCAACAUGGUCAGAGCUCAGAACAUCUACAUGUUUUCUAACACCAUCUGCCUCUCACAGUGAAAAUAGUAAAUCCACACCCUUACCUUCUUUACCUUGGGCCGAUGGAACACAAGUGUGGUCGCUUAUGUGUUUGGGGGAUCAAAAGUCUGUUACCCAGAGAGAUCCACAAAUGUUUCAAAGGCAUCCCACAUUACAACCCAGAAUGAGAGCUAUUUUAUUAGACUGGUUAAUUGAAGUCUGUGAAGUUUACAAAUUACAUAGAGAAACUUAUUACCUUGCCAUGGAUUACAUUGAUAGGUAUCUUUCAACUCAUCAGAAUGUACCGAAAAAUCAGCUACAACUCAUCGGUAUCACAUGUUUAUUUAUUGCGGCAAAGGUCGAAGAAAUUUAUCCACCAAAGAUUGCAGAAUUUGCAUAUGUCACUGAUGGUGCAUGCACUGAAGAAGAAAUUCUUGGGAAAGAAUUAGUUGUAUUAAAAGGCCUUGGUUGGAAUUUGUCACCUGUAACAGCGCCAGGCUGGCUCAAUGUCUACAUGCAGGUGGAAUCUGGUGAUUGGUCAAGACCUAAUACUUUUAUUUACCCUCAGUAUGGUGGACUGCAGUAUUCACAAGCUUCUCAGCUCUUAGACUUAGCAACACUUGACGAAGGAAGUUUAAAGUUUUCAUACAGUCAUUUAGCAGCUGCUGCUAUUUAUCACACUCAGGGCAGGGAAUGUGCUUUGAGGGUGUCGCGGCUGACGUGGGAGCAGCUUGCGCCCUGUGCUAAGUGGCUAAGUUCGUUUGCCCUAACGGUGACAGAGGAACGCGCCCAGCAAAUGUUACGCUCGGCAGUGCCACUCCUCGAUACUAAUUCAGGCUCAGGACUUCGCGCCUCUGUACCCAACAUCGUCGUAGAUGAAUCCCAUCGCAUCCAGACGCACGUAAUAGACCUGGACAUGCUGGAGCUCGCCCAACAGCGGCAUACACACGACGCCCUGCUUGCCGACUGUCUCGACUUCGAGGCUAUCUUGGACUCUGGCAGUAGUCCAGAUCAAAGUGGUAUCCUCACUCCGCCUUCGAGUAGUCAGAAGAACUCACCGACGCCACCGAGGCUACCACCACAAAUGGAGCCCUAUACAUAACGCGUGACCCACUUCGACGUUCGUCGAUCCUGACUCUUUUUGCACUCGUUACUCAAUGUCUUCUUAAUGCUUUUCAUCCGCCUCUCGCCUUCCACCCUCCCCUGUUGAAUAUACAAAAAGUUAUUCACGGGUUGGGGAUUUUGGCCCUUAAGAAAUCCUUAUAGCCAAAUGAGACCUAUUGGCUUUGAGUCAAACAGCUGAGGUUGUAUGUUUGACUUUCCGUUGCGAGGAAUUAAUGAAGCGGAGAGAAAUUGUUUUGGAAAGAGUUAUAGCUUGCAUAAGGUUGAAAUUUUAUAUUUAGCUAAAAAGUUGAUUGAUAUUAUAAAUUACUAUGUAAAAUAUUAAUCGGAAUUCUUUCCCUUCUCUUUCUAUAUCAGUCAUUUACUUAAU